CGGAGACGUGGAAGUGAAGUAGAAAGAGCAGAUAGCAGCAGAAGACAGCAUACGUCACACAACAAACUGACGUCACACGAUGCUCAACAGCUGAUCGACACAAUGGUUCAUUUAUUAACUGACGGUUGCUUCGACACGAACUCCAUCCAGGAGACAGACUAUCAAGAGUUAUGCACGUACAUAACACCAGACCGGCCCGUGUCAGCCGGAGCGCCCAACAAGGCGGACAGUUCUCUGCCUCUCAACUUGGUACUGAAGCCCUCGGUGGCUCUCAAGGAUGUGUUGGGAGUGUGGAGCACCGAAUACAUCCCGCGAGGAACGAGGUUCGGCCCCCUGGUGGGCGAAAUCUUCACCAAAGACAACGUGCCGAAAGGCGCCAAUAGGAAAUACUUUUGGCGGCCGCCGCCGGAGCCGCCGGAGCAGCAGCACCAGCGUUUCAACUUCUACCCGUACCGCACAGUGCAGGCGCCGGUGUUCCCGACGAAACCUCGGUCAUCACCGCCACCGCCGCCGCGCGAUCUCCGCUGCAGCAGCCUGUCGCCGACGAGCGGGCCGCUGACGCCGACGAUGACGCUAUCGCCAACGUCGUCGUCGUCGUCGUCGUCGCCGCCGUACAGCCCCCACAAGGAGGCGCCGCCGCUGACCUCACUGCAGCCGAUGCCGUACGGCGGCGCCAUCUACGCGCCGUCGAUCCCGCACCUCUACAACCAAUCGCUGCCGUUCGGCUCGCGCCUCGCCAGCGCCCUCACCGGACCCGCCUACCAUCCGCCGCCAGGGGGCGCCGCGACGCCCUACCCAGCCGACGACGACGACGAGGAGGGCGGCUCGCGCGGCUACCGCUCGCUGCCGUACCCGCUCAAGAAGAAGGGCGGCAAGAUGCACUACGAGUGCAACGUCUGCAUGAAGGAGUUCGGCCAGCUGUCCAACCUCAAAGUGCACCUGCGCACGCACUCGGGUGAGCGUCCCUUCAAGUGCUCCGUCUGCGCGAAAGGCUUCACGCAACUGGCGCACCUGCAGAAGCACCACCUCGUCCACACCGGUGAGAAACCGCACGAGUGCGCCGUGUGCCGCAAGCGGUUCAGUUCGACGUCGAACCUGAAGACUCACACGCGCCUGCACAGCGGCCAGAAGCCGUUCGCGUGCGGGCUGUGUCCGCAGCGCUUCACGCAGUUCGUCCAUCUGAAGCUGCACCGACGUCUACACACCAACGAGCGUCCGUACGCAUGCGCGGCGUGCGGCAAGCGCUACACGUCCGCCAGCGGACUGAAGACGCACUGGAAAACGACCGGAUGUCCGCCGAACGUCGACGCCGCCGGCAACGCCGUCGACUACGACGCCGCGUCGGACGACGUCGGCCUGUACAGCGACGGAAGCAGUCCCGGAUAUCCGUCGCCGCCGCGCUCCGACGACGGCAAGUCGCUGUCGCCACUCUCGGACUAUAGCAGCGGCAAGGAGAACGGCGGAGAGACGGACGGAGAGAUGGAGAAGGAAGGCGGCGAGAGGGAGGAGGAGGAGGCGGAGCGGGAGGCGUACGCCGCCACGGGGAAUGAAAGGACGAGAGAAGAAGCUCGCUAUCAUCAGCAGCAGCAGCAGCAGCAGGAGGAGGAGGAGCUCCGGCAGCAGCAGCAGCAGCGACAGCAACAGCAGCAGCGACAGCAACAGCAACAGCAACAGCAGCGGCAGGCUGCAGCCUAUGAGAAGAUGUAUCCGCUGUCAAUGAGUCAACUGCAGCCCGUAUAAUGGGCAGUCUCCCUCGAUCAGUACGUCCUAGUGUCUCCAGUACUGACACUGCCGUACACACAAACACUAGCAGGCUGUGAGAAGUCACAGGACUGCCCACUGUGCUGAGAGAUAUAGAGAGAGAGACAGACAGACAGACAGACAGCCGUGGUGUCUACUGACUGCUGCCGCGUCUACACGGAUAGGACAUGCGACGCUGCGAGAUAUACAGAGGACACUGCGCAUCUAGGCAUACCGCGGGGCAACGUAUGCCUAACAUACUUGACCUCUAGUGACCCCGGUCGACACGUGCGACCUCUAGCGGGCUGCGGUCGAGCUGCGCGACCCCUGGGUGGUCGCGGUCGCCGCGCGUAGCGACAGUGCUGUUGCGUUUUAUCAAUGAGUCGCGAAGAGACGACGAUGAUGAUGACGAUGAUGAUGAUGAUUUUUGUAUUAGCCUUUGGCCCUGUCUACCUGACACGCAGCUGUUCGGCGGUGUUGGCGUGCGAGAGAGUAGAGAGAAUCAGAGAGAGAGCGAGGGAGAAGAGAGAGAAGAGAGAGAGAAGAGAAGAGAGGAG